CAUAGGAGCCUAACAGAACCCUCGGAUUGUCCAUUUCUCUGUGGACGUUCAGCAGCAUGGCCCUGCGAGUGUGUGUUCGACCGCUGAUCUUCUCCAAUGGUCUCCGACUCUGGAGAGAACCUUUGGGUACAGGACUCGUGAGAAGGCCCUUCAGCCGGCACCAUGCGCUCCUGGGCAGCAGCUCUCCCAGCUCUCAGGUGCUGUUACACUUUGUAAAUCAGACUGGAACAAAGACGAGCGUCACGGCAACAGAAGGAGAAUCUCUGCUCGACAUCGUCAUCAACAAAAACCUCCAAAUCGACGGCUUCGGGGCGUGUGAGGGGACGUUAGCUUGCUCCACGUGUCAUCUGAUCUUCGACGAGGCCGUGUACGAGCGCUUGGAGCCGACGGCUGACGAGGAGAUGGACAUGCUCGAUCUCGCCUACGGACUCACCAGGACGUCACGUCUCGGGUGUCAGGUGAUCGUGGAGCCCUGGAUGAACGGCAUGACGGUGCGAGUGCCGCAAGGGGUCAAAGAUCGACGAGUGACACAGGAGGCGAAGGACAAACAAUGAUACACAUGAAUCCCACCGCACA